AUGGAGUGCGAGAGAAGAAAUGCCGGAAGGCUUGAGGUGAUUUUGGGUCCCAUGUUCAGCGGGAAGAGCACGGAGUUGAUCCGCCGCAUACGGCGACACACCAUCGCCAAGCAGCGCUGCUUCGUCAUCAAGUAUGCCGCCGACUCGCGUUACAGUAAAGAGAACAUGGCUACCCACGACCGGUAUCUCAUUCCGCACAAGAACAAGCCGUCCAUCCGCAACUUGAGGGAGGUGAAGCAAGAAGCUGCGCUCUUCGACUGUAUCGGCAUUGACGAGGGCCAGUUCUUCUGUGACAUCGUCCCCUUCUGCGAGCUGAUGGCUAGCCUCGGAAAGAUCGUCAUCGUGGCUGCGCUCGACGGCACCUUCCAGCGCAAGCCCUUCGGUACCGUGCUUGAGCUCAUCCCUCUCGCCGAGUCCGUCUCGAAGCUGUCUGCCGUGUGCAUGUGCUGCUCCAACGACGCCAGCUUCACGCAGCGACUUGGUUCGGAGACCGCCGUAGAGGUGAUCGGAGGCGCCGACAAGUACAUCGCGGUUUGCCGUCACUGCUACUUGACCAGCGCCGCGUCCACGAUGGCCAAGGACGAUGCCAUGCUCUCGACCCAGCCGAGCAAGAGGGAAGCGUCGUCGUCUCAGCAGGCUCCGUCGACGCCCACCCACAAGCGGUUCGCCAAGCGAAAGUCGCUUAACUCGCCCAAGAAGAUCGCGUCGCCCGCCAAGCGGAUCGCCAAGCGCAGGCGCUCGCAGGGCAACAUCGCCUGA